UCAACAAGAGAUACAAAAAGCUCGCGGCCACCGCCCGCAGAUGCUGUGCCGCCAGUCCUCUGCAUCUCUUCGUCUUCGUCCCGACCUCAAUCGCUGAACACCGCUCAUUGGAGACUGCCCUUACCCGAAUCCUCUGACAGUCAUGGGUUCUCAUCAGAUCGAGGAGGUUGAUGUCCUGCUUGUUGGAGCUGGCUUUGCCUCUUUCACUUUGUUGAACCGCCUGCGAAAACUCGGCUACAGCGUUCGUAUCUUCGAGAAAGGAUCUGCCAGCGGCGGUAUCUGGUACUGGAACUGCUAUCCCGGUGCCCGCGUGGAUACCGAUACGCCCAUCUACCAGCUCUUUGAUAAGGAGCUGUGGGAAGAUUUCACCUUCAAGGAGCGAUACCCAGGCUGGCAAGAUCUCCGCCGCUAUUUUGAACACGUCGAGAAGAAAUGGAAUGUUCGUGACUACACCUCGUUCAACAAGCAUGUGGAUAGCGCCAUCUUUGACGAAGGUCGCCAACAGUGGUUGGUUGAGUGCUCGGACGGAACCGAAAUUUACGCCAAGUGGUUCAUCCCCUGCAUCGGGUUCGCCAGCAAACGCUAUACGCCUCCGUUCCCCGGGCUCGGCAACUUCAAGGGCGACAUCUACCAUACCGCCGUGUGGCCUCAGCACGGCGUGAAUUUGAAGGGCAAGCGAGUUGCUGAAAUCGGCACUGGUGCAUCUGGAAUCCAAGUCAUCCAGGAAAUUGGCCCGGUGGUAAAGGAGUUGACUGUCUACCAGAGAACACCCAACAUGUGCCUACCCAUGAACCAGCGCCUGCUCGACCCCAAGGAAGAGGAGGAGAAAAAGAAGAAUGGCUGGUAUGAGACGGAAAUGGAGAAGACCCGCAACACCUUUGCCGGAUUCACCUACGACUUUAUGGAGAAAAACACCUUUGACGACACGCCCGAGGAGCGCGAAAAGGUGUACCACAACCUCAUGGUCGAGGAAGGCGGUUUCAAGUUCUGGCUUGCCACGUACAAGGACAUGCUGUUCGACCUCAAGGCCAAUGAACCCGCCUACCAGUUCUGGCGCCAGCAGGUCUUGAAACGCGUCAAGGAUCCCGAGAAACAGAGGCUCCUGGCCCCUGAGGUGCCUCCACAUCCAUGGGGCACUAAGCGCCCGUCUCUUGAACAGAGGUUCUACGAAGUGGUUGAUCAACCCAACGUGAAGAUCAUUGAUGUCAACGAGAAUCCCAUUGAAGAAGUCACCGCCACUGGUCUCAAAACCAAACAGGGUCUUGUUGAGGUGGACGUCAUCAUCCUGGCCACCGGCUUCGACUCGGUCACGGGCUCGCUGGCUCAACUCAACAUCCAGGGCACCAAGGGUGGCACAAUUGCUGAUCACUGGAAAGAUGGCACCAAGACGGCCAUGGGUAUUGCCAUGCCCGAAUUCCCCAACAUGUUCUUUUUGUACGGACCUCAGGCACCCACUGCCUUUAGUUCAGGCCCGACCUGCACGCAGUUCCAAGCUGAGUGGGUUGAGAAGACGUUCAAGGAGAUCAAGGACAAGGGCAUCACUAGGCUUGAAGCCACUCCCGAGUCUGAGGAAGACUGGUGCAAGAGGAUGAACGAGAAGUGGGAUGCGACUCUGUUCCCCAUGGCCAAGAGUUGGUACCAGGGCGCCAACAUCCCAGGCCGAAAAGUCGAGCCACUGAACUGGUCCGGCGGCAUGGUUGAGUACGUCAACACUUUGAACCGCAGUCUAGAGAAUGAUAUGCAGGGCUGGAAAUACUCCACCGCCACGGCAUGAGUGGUCUCCCAAAGGUCAAGGAUCAAACUUGUGGCCUGCGACGUGACCACGUUGUAAAAUGAUUGUGAUGGACAGCGAGAUACCCCCUAGAGUGGGACGGCAGCGUGUGGUGCAGGCGUCAUGGCUCGUUGGACUAGAUUGAAGAGCGGCGUCCGUAUACUCGAGACGUGGAGGAUCCAGCAGUGUUUCGUCGAGGGAAGAUCAAGGCGCAUAGGUCUCUGUGGAGCACUGCACACAGCAAACAGUGAACAGCAAGCCAAGUUGUCAUGUACUUGACCUUACGAUGGAUGGUGUUGUCUGGUCGAACCCGAUUCCUUAGUGAAUAUCUGGUCUUCUUCACAAUGUGCUUUCCAGACUCAGAGAUGC